AUGGCGACCUCCGUUGAAUUUCCAAUACGCCACGCCCUCAGGGCUCUCCGCGCACUUGCGCCUAGGGAACAGUCACUUGUGCUCUCGAAUGCAAUGCCCAACUCUGUUAUACUCACGGGGUACAUUGUGAUCAACCUUCCCACCACUUCAACUCUCUUGGUGACCACUAUGCCAAAGCGAAGACCUGCCACUGCAUUUCUCAUUUCCUUGCUCUGUGGAAUUGCUGUCCUGCAUUGGACAUCUUCUUAUACUGUCUUAAACAAUAAUCCAUUUUUGCGAGCGGCGUCCAAAGAAUUUUCAUGGCAAGAGGUUGUGCCAUCCAAAGAUCUCAAAUGGCAGCCUUGCUUUCGCGAACGUCAAUGCGCCCGCUUGAUUGUACCUCUUAAUCAUUCAGAUCCCGAUGGACAAGAAGCCACCAUUGCUCUUAUUCGUAAACCCGCGUUGAUCCCCAGCACAUCUAGAUUUUAUCGCGGUCCCAUUCUUUUCAAUCCAGGAGGACCAGGAGGGAGUGGUGUAGACUUGAUUCAAGGUACUAAUGGUGACCUUUUAAGCCUCAUCGUAGGUCCUCGCUUCGACGUUGUUGGUUUCGACCCUCGCGGCAUCGCACGUUCUACACCUCGCGUUUCGUUCUUCAAAACUGAUGUCGAGCGCUCGUUAUGGUCCCAAAAUGGUCUCCCAACGCUGGCUAACAACUCCGAGGAGGGUAUAACUAGAACGUUGGCUCGUUCUAAAGUACUUGGACAACUAGCCGCUGAGACCGACUACGGGUACCUAAGGCACAUCAACACAGAUCAAACCGCCCGUGACAUGUUGCGCAUCGUUGAAGCACAUGGCAGGACGAAGAUACAGUACUGGGGCUUUUCGUACGGGUCUGUCUUGGGUGCUACAUUCGCAGCAAUGUUUCCGGACAGAAUUGAGCGUCUUCUGAUUGACGGUGUUGUCGACUCGGAGGAUUACUACGCAACCUUGUGGUCCAAGAAUCUUCUGGACACCGACAAAGCCGUGGACACUUUCUUCACCGGGUGUGCUGAGGCGGGUCCCCGUGGCUGUCCCUUCUGGGCUCCAACAGCAGAAGAUAUCCGUCAAAAUCUGACCAGAUUAUAUGGUGAAUUACGUGGUCGUCCGAUCCCUGUAAAAUCCGAUUCAAAAUACGGUGUCUUUGACUAUAUCCUUCUACGUUCGGCUGUGUUUUCGUCCCUUUAUUCCCCCUAUGCGACUUUCAAAUCUCUCGCAGAAGGACUUGCCGAUCUUGCGGGUGGGAAAGCCAACGCAAUUUAUGACAGGAUUACUGCUGCACCGUAUCAGUGCGAAUGCGACGCCUCAAAAAGACAAUUUGAUAGCGUCAUAGAUGCCCAGACGGCGAUUCUAUGCAAUGAUGGCGAUGAUGUACCCGACGACUUGGAAUCAUCAGAAGAAUAUUUCAAAUCCGUAAUUGAGGGAUCGGGCUGGUCAGAAAUAUGGGCGAGAAUACGAUUUAGUUGCGUCUAUAGAGGCUGGCCAAAAUUUCCUAAAGAUCACUUCCAAGGGCCUUUUAACACAAGCACAAGCCAUCCCAUCUUACUUAUUGGAAACACCGCAGACCCGGUGACGCCGCUAUGGGCUGCGAAGAAAAUGUCAAAAGGAUUUAAAGACUCUGUCGUUUUAACUCAGAACUCCGCUGGGCACUGUUCCAUUUCUGCCCCGUCCCUAUGCACUCAAAAGUACGUUCGCCAGUACUUCGUGGAUGGGACCCUCCCCGAGCCUGGGACUGUUUGCGAGCCUCUCGGAAAGCCUUUCCCGGAACCAUGGCACGAAAAUGGUAUCAACAAAGCAGAAGAAUUGAUGGCUAAUAUGAAUAGCGAAGAGCGCGCCAUGUAUGAUGCCGUUUCGAAGCUUAGCCAGAAUGGUCCUAUUACCCCUGCUUUCCCAUUCCUUCUGGAACAAAAGUAUCCAGAAGUAACGGUGAGGAACGGGAAAGGAUGCAACUAG